AUGUACGCCGCUCAGAAUAUAACGCCAACAGUUUUGGAUGCUAUGAAUGGAAAUGUUUCCGAAUGGUAUAACGAAUGCGACAAUGCCAUUAGAAGGUCAGAAAUAGUUCCUGGAACUUACGAAUAUACAACUGCUGUUUCUUAUGGAAACGUAGGUGAGUUUGGAGAAGGUUCUUCAACAACAGUAGAUAUUGCUUGCGACAGGUUUCAUAUAAUUUCUAUUGACAACUCUUUCUUAUACGUGGAACAAGACAUUGAAAUAAAACCUUCUGCCAAGUUGUCUGACAAGAAAGGUUGCAAUGGAAUUUUCUAUGUCGGAUACCAAUAUGCUCCAGAAGUUUUCAUGGGAUAUAAGAUAUAUUCUAACUCUGACUUAGUUCAAACAGUAACAUGGGCAAACUAUGAAUGGUUCGCUUUGAGAAACUCAGUACAACCACAAGCUAGAGAACAAACAGACCAGUAUGCAACUAUUGAGAAAAUAAGAAGACUUGACCCUAACGUUCCAGGAGUUUAUGUUAACCUUUCUGGACAAACUGCAGCAGCAGUAACCAAAGUAAAAUUGAAACUUAGAGUUCCUUUGUCAUCUUUCCUCAUCUUCAGGUUUUUAAGAUACUUGCCAAACUGGGCAGGAAAAAUUUCUAUCGAACUUACUCCAAGCAAAAAUAACUUAGUCAUUGCACCAACACAAGACCCAUUCACUCUUACAGAAGUAGUGGGAACAAAUAAAAUGUCAUUCGCCGACUUUUGCAAAAACAAAGUUGACUUAGACUUUGGUUUCUCAAACCUCAACACUGAAGUAAACUAUUAUUUCAAUGCUGCUGGAGAUGCUUGGGACCCAGUUAAGUUCACAUGCGAA